AUUUUUCUCAUGUUACGUGUGUGCUUAUUCAGGUAUCCAUAUAGUUUUAGGUGUUAAGUCUUCUUUAUUGUUCUUCAAAACUGGAACAUACUUGUUUAUGAUUGAGGUAAGGGUAUUGUAUACUGUAUACUGAUUAACUUGUUCCACAACAAUUUAGCUAAUUAAAAUAGUAUGAAAUGAGAACAGGAUUUCUCCUCCCUCGUUGCUGUUUUUCGCUUGUUUUUGCUUCUUCUUGUUUUUCUGUUUUCGUUAAUCUUGUUUUUCGCAUGGAUUCGGGGUCUACGAGUCUUGAUUGGAAGAAGCUAUUCGUGGGUUCGAAAGAGCAAUCCCUCGAUUUCUUUCCUCCGGAGCUUCGAGACGGUGUGGCCACUGUAAUUCCUCCGCCUGAGGUGAUUGAUGAAGGAAUUGCGGAUUGGAACAACGCUUUGAUUGGUCAAUUUCUCGGUCCUGCUCCAAGUUUUGGAUCUAUGCAGCGUAUCAUCGAGACGAUUUGGGGCAAUUCCUCGCAAGUGAAGGGAAUCAUGUGAUCACCUAUUUGUAGACUGCCCUUAUUCUAAGGAUGUUUGGAGUGCUGUUCUACGGCUGUGUGGGAUUCGUUAUGUGGCUUUCAGCUGGGAUCAGUGCCUUAAUUGGUUGAUCGAGAACUUGAAGGGCAAAACCCUUCGCAGUCGGAUCCUUAAGCUUGCUUGGACCGGGUUCCUUUAUCAUAUUUGGGAAGAACAUAACCACAGGCAGUUCCGAGGCCUUUCAAGCACUAGUGAGGUAAUUGUAAAUAGAAUUAAG